AUGAUGGGAGCACCUGGUGCAGAACUAUUCAAGUUGGCGAUUGGGGGAAAUUUUUUCAAAAAUUGUCCAAUUACGGAGGAAGAUGUUAAUAUCUCUGAAAAGAUAUAUGGACCGAGCUUUUCAACAAUUAAGGGCAAACAAAAGCGGCCAACAUCAAAGGCGGUGGUUGAUGAUUGGAUUGAAAUGCCCAAGGAACUCCUGAAACACAAUUCCAACCUGGAUUUAUGUAUCGACAUUAUGUUUAUCAACAAUGUCGCGUUUUUUGUCAGUAUUGACAAAGCGAUCAAAUUCCGAUUCAGUACUGAACUGAAAGAUUGGACGAAGGAUGCUAUUUACAAGUCGAUUGACGAAAUUUUACGCAUUUAUAAUCAUGCGGAAUUUCGAAUCAAAACUAUUUAUUGCGACAACGAAUUCAAACCGGUAUUUGAUGACGUGAAAGAUAAUUUGGAUGUGACCAUGAAUUAUGCCGCGCCGGGCAAACACGAACCAACUAUUGAGCGCAGCAAUCAAGCAUUGAAAGGAUUAUUCCGAGCACACUAUCAUCGAAUGGUGUUCAAGGCAAUUCCCAAGGUUUUGACUAUUGCUUUACUCAAGCAUGUGACAAAGGUUAUUAACUUUUAA